AAUGAUUUUAGCGGUAAAAAAAAUGUUUACAAGAAUGCCGCCAGUAGCACGUUAACAGGAAAGAAGCUAAAUAUAAAUUGGAAAACUGAAAAACCCAUUGACAAUUUGGUGCUAAAAAAGUUUGCUUCCAAGUUUCCUGACCUUGAGAAGAAGGUCAACACUAUAAAGCCAUUCUUAUAUAUAAUUCAAUGGGUACAGCUCCCUUCUCUGUACCUACAUUACUACUCCACUGAUAGCAAAUGCGGGUUGACGUUCGCAUUUGAUGAAUUUAUGAAAAGUUACUAUUUAAGUUACGCCUAUGUUUGGGAUUAA